CUGCUGCGCUCAAACCCAGUGCAUGUGUUUGGUACUAGGCUGGAGAGAUUACGAGGAAGGGACGAAAUCAGGAGAUACGUACUGGAUGAAGGCUAAGAGUUUAUGCUUCUGUAAACAUAAUUGCAGUUUGGAACUGAGGUGUGCUCAUAUUUGGAGACAUUUUGCAUGACGCUUAACUUCUAAAUCGCUUGGAUUCGGAGUGUUUUCUACUGCUCCUUUUUACAACACCCAGUGUAACUUUGGACAAUGCUACACGAAGCCGAGGAAUGAAAUAGAUAUUAAAACAAUUCUAAACUGAUUUAGACUUUCUUCGCGUUUAAAACGUAUGGGAUUUUAAAACUGAGAAUUGAAUUUAGCUAUUGCUGCAUUUAAGGGAGCAUUCCUAAAACUUAUCGGGAGUGUUCUGCACCCAUCUUGCGUGGCACGUGAAAAGACAAUCGGCCAAGCAGUUAUAAAAUAUGCUACCACUUGCCCGUGUGCAACACCUGCAAUUUUAAGUCAACUUCUCUGUAAGUCGCCUGUAGAAGAAAUGUUGAAAAACGCAGUACCUCGACCACAGUGCUUCAAAAACGACUAGAGAAAGUGCCUCAUGCAAGAUUGGGAGAUGUGUGGAGUGUGAGGGACGGCCAUGGGAUUGGAGAGGCUGUGGCUUCUGAGUGUCAUUACUGCUGUUGCCUUUGGUCUGCUGCGUACAUCCCAGGGUAUGGAGGUGGUGGUCCGGGCCAGGGUUGGGGGUACCGCAGAGCUUGGUUGCAGUCUUACCCCCACUUCUACAGGAGCCACCACCCCAAACCUUUUCCCAUUGCACGUGGUAGAGUGGGUUCGCCUGGGUUACAAUGUUCCCAUACUAAUCAAAUUUGGAGUGUAUGCACCGCGUGUGCAUCCCAACUACAAGGAUCGCGUGUCUCUGACCCGGGGGGCCUCACUGCUCAUAGAAGGACUGAGCCUGGAGGACGAGGGCUGGUUCGAGUGUCGCAUCCUGCUUCUAGACCACACUACUGAUGAAUUCCGGAAUGGCACCUGGACCUUCCUCUCCAUCACAGCCCCACCUGUGUUUAUCAAGACUCCGCCUACCUUUGUGGAAGUUCUGCAAGGGAACUCUCUGACCCUUAGCUGUGGUGCCCAUGGCAAUCCUCGGCCAACCGUUACCUGGCAUAAAGAUGAGACCCCAAUUGAGAAGCAUGAAAAGAUGGUGGUGCUCAAUGGCACCUUGUCUUUGGCCCGUGUCACCAGAGAAACAUCAGGAAUGUAUAAAUGUCAUGUCUCCAACUCUGAGGGGAAUCUGACCCAUACUACUCGGCUGCAAGUCAAAGGCCCUCCACUUAUCAUCAUUGCCCCAGAGGACACCACCCUUAACAUAUCCCAAGAUGCAGUUCUGCAGUGCCAAGCUGAGGCUUAUCCCUCCAACCUCACUUACGAGUGGUGGAAACAAGGACAGAAUGUCUACCAUAUAGAGUAUCUUAAGACCCGUGUGAAGAUCUUAGUGGAUGGCACCCUCCUUAUACCUAGUCUUGUCCCAGAGGACACUGGGAAUUAUACCUGUGUACCAACCAAUGGGGUAAUGACCCCACCCUCUGCAUCAGCACACCUUAAAGUCAAACACCCUGCCCGGGUGGGUCGCAUGCCCAGAGAGACGUAUCUACCUACAGGAAUGGGAGGUGUCAUCUUCUGUCCAGUUCAAGCCGAGCCCCCCAUGCUCUAUGUCAACUGGACCAAAGAUGGGAACAAUUUAAACCUAGACAAUUUCCCUGGCUGGAUGGUGAACUCUGAGGGUUCAGUAUUUAUAGCCACAGCCAAUGAUGACGCAGUGGGCAUGUACACCUGUACUGCCUAUAACAGUUACGGCACCAUGGGCCAGUCUGAACCCACCAAGGUUGUCCUGCAGGACCCCCCCUCCUUCUUGCUGACCCCUCGUUCUGAGUACCUUCAGGAGGUGGGCCGGGAGCUGGUCAUCCCCUGUGUGGCUGACGGAGACCCCCGUCCCAAUAUCACCUGGAGCAAGGUCGGUCCCAGCCCUCGCUCCCCGUACACUGUGCUGUCCAACGGCUCCCUCCUCCUGAAGCCUCUCAGCAAAGACCACCAGGGAGGUUGGGAGUGCCUCGCCACUAACCGUGUGGCCACCGCCAGUGCUGGCACCGUGGUCUUGGUGCUGGGCACCAGUCCUCAUGCCACCAUGUCCGUGUCAGUCAUCACUGGGAUAAAUCAGGCCAAUGUGACCUGGGAACCUGGCUUUGACGGAGGAUACACGCAGAAGUUCACAGUCUGGGUUAAGCAGGUUUCCAGAGGCAAGCAUGACUGGGCAUCUGUCCCUGUGCCCACGUCCAAGUCCCACCUGUUAGUGGCAGGGCUCUUAGCUGACACCAGCUACCAGUUCAGUGUGCUGCCUCAGAACAAACUGGGCUCUGGUCCCUUCAGUGAAAUCAUCUCUGUUAGAACUCAGGCCCUGCCGACAGAUCCACCGACAGUGGUGACGAAUCCUUCAACUAUCAACCCUCCUUUGUUCUUGUCAGCCAAUCAAACAAUGCUGGGGAUUAUCCUGCACUGGUAUCCUCCUGAGAUUCAGACCACACCCCUCACUGGGUAUGUCCUCCAGGCUAGUAGGGACAGAGGCCAAUGGGUCAUUCUGAACAGCGGUGUGAAGGCCAACCAGACUAAACUACUAGUACAAGGAUUAUUGAGGGACUGUAUUUAUGAGCUGAGAUUGAUGUCUCGUAGUAAUAAACUACUGAGCGAGCCCAGUGAGACUGUCACUGUGAACACCACAGGGAUGGAGAUGUACUCUGUGCAACCAGGCUUCUUGGAGUUUGUCCCUGAGCCUCUGCUGGCUGGUGUGAUGGGCGGAGUGUGCUUCCUGUUCAUUGCCAUCAUCCUCUCCUUGGUGACCGCCUGUGUUAUGAGCCGGAGGAGAGCCCAUCGGCGCAUGAAGAAGAGAGAUGAUCUCCAUUCUGCCUUCCAGAAGAGUUCUUCUCCAGAAGCUCGCUUGCCUCCAGACAGCCCUGACAGCGUCCUAAAGAUGAAGUUGUGUCCUCCCCUGUCGUUCUUCCCGAACACCUCGUCUUCCCAGUCUGACCGCUCCUCCUUUGAUAAAGGGAGUCGUGGAGAAUACCAGGAUCCACGCAGGCAGCUCCUAUCCAGCUCCUCUCCCCCACCCCACUAUACCCUGUUUGAGAGCCACCUGGGGGGUAAAGCCCCCUCAUUGUCUGCUCUGGAGUCGAUAUCAAGAGGACCUGAUGGACGUUUCAUUGUUCAGCCACUGCAAGAGGGGUCUACUCAUUCCAACAUGAAACCAAUCUUCCAACAAACCCAAAUCAAUGGGAGAGGUAGCCACACAGGGAGCAACAGAUCAUCUUUACGAGUCUCUCCAAAGCUCAACACUCUGAGCUCUGAGGGGGGAGAGAUAAAGGACCCUCCCCUGACAGUGGAGGUUAUAGAACUCAGCAAGCCCCCUGCUUCUCCAGGUCGAGUAAGGGCCAUGGCCAGGAACUUCUCCCGUCAUGGCUGCUUCUAUUCUGAUGAUGAGCAGGGCAUCUCUGAGGCUCUGCUGGAGAGAAGCAGCCUCUACUCUGACAGUGGUGAGAAGAGAGCCUGUGACUCCUUGAAAAGAUACCGUGCUUCGCACCCAGAAGAAAUCUUCCCCAGCUUGGGCAGGAGAGCCAAACUGCUAGAGAGGAACAGGCAUCACCAAGUAGGAUACCAAGCCAUAGAGCGAGAGAGCCAGUUGACCAACGACAGCACACUGGUUUUACAGAUUGGGACAAGUAAACAAGUGCAGGAUAACCUUAGCAAGUGUCUGCAGCUGGCCAAAGAGAGGGAGGAAAUGGAGAUGGAGCUGGAUAACUAUGCCACCAGCCAGAGGCCAAGGGAGGGGGAGAAAGAAGAGUGGCUGCCCAAGCAGCCAGCGAGCCCUCAGAGGGAACAGGGCCAUUCAGGGCCUGAGGAUCCUAUAUGGAAGCCACAAGAAAUUACUUUACGUCCCAAAGCCCACCAGACAUCUGGGCAGACCCAUCAGCUGUCGGAAUAUAGAAGGGCCUGCUACUUUGGGAACACCAGCAGCCCAAUGGACCGGCUUCCUUCCUCCAACAUUCAAUGGGACAUCAGCCCAGUCACCUCAAACAACAGCCUUAUCGCAGGGCAGAACCUAUUAGAGAGCACCACUCCAAGGUCCCAACAUCCUCACCAAUGUCACAAAGGGCCAGCCAUUGAGGACUCUCUACAUGGGAACUGCUCACACUCACCAGUCACUCAUCGCACCUCUCUAUCUCUGCUUUCUCCUACCUCAGAAAGCCCACCUAUUUGUCAAAGAACAGCCAGAAGCCCUGACAAAGUCAGGUUGAGGAGUCCUGACAGAACUGUAGAGAAAGAGCAGGACACAUACCACAAUAGGUCCAGGAUUGAGGAAUGCUGGAGAGAAAAGGAGCAGCCAGGAAAAUUUGCCUUAAAGCCAAGAUCAUCUUUCACUUAUGAUACACAGCAUCUGGAGCUAGCAGCAGAAAGUGUUAGAUCUGUUUCAGCCAGUCGAGUAAGUGCCACUAGUCCUAGCCAGCCUUACCCAGGCACUGCACCAUAUAGUCUUUCAACCAAAACAGAGACAAUAGAUGACCUUAGGGAGAGUAUAAAUCACUGUCAUUCUAGUAAUUCUAACUUGUCCUAUGAGGCCAAAGUGAGAGAUGACCCUAGAUGUUCUGUAUUGUACCCUGAGCAGGAGAGAGAGGGUGUGAGGGCUCGCUCCAGAAGGAGCGAUAGGGCUCUUUUUAGUGUCAGCCCCAGUGGCAUUUCCCCCUUAACAAUUCUGGAAGAGAGCAAUCAGUCCCUGUUCUCUGUUGCCAGAAUGUCAGAGUCUUUCAAGAAUAACCCGGAAACACAGGCUCCAACUCCACUGAACACACGUGCAAUUCUGGAGUACUUGAGCCUUCCGGGUUUCAUUGAGAUGAGUGUCGACGACCCUGAGGAUGAGUCUGAACUUACAGACACUGCUUGCCAAAACACAGAGAUGCACCCAGAUACCUCUCUGGAAGGUAAGCCAGACGUGGUUCCCAAAAACUGGGAAGUUCAUGUACAGGACACUCUGGAGACAAGUUCCAGACAAAAAACUGUUUCUUUUCUAGAAAAUAAACAUUCUGUUGGUCCAGCAGAAGCAGCUGAGAAGCCAGACUCUAGAUAUUCUCUGCUUGUGAAAGACAGAGAUUCUAGUCAAAAACCUGGGAUUCCAGAGUGGUCAAAAAAAAAAUCCAUGGGUUCUAAACACACAGGAAAUUAUCGUUAUUAUGAGCUGUCACAACCACUUAUUAGUCAAAAGACCACAGCUUCAGAAAGAGCACAGUUAAAGAGCCCAGCCCAGACGUUGGUUGGGGUAGCUCAAACCGUAGCUGAUGUUGUGUCAAAACAAACUAAUGCUUAUUCAGGUAAACCACAGUUGGCUUCAGAACAAUCCCAAAGACCAAUUUCUCAGGACAACAGGACUAAUAAAAUAGCCUCUAGGAUCUAUCAACCCCCUAUGCCGUUCAUUAAGAAAUCACUGAGUAUUGGCCCCUGCAGAACACUUUCAGGCAUGGGACAACCUCGUCCAUUCCUGAAGAAAUCUAUCAGCUUAGGGUCACAGAAAUGGGAGCAUUUUGAAAACCCAAGGACAUAUGUCUCAGAGAAAUGUUACUGGGAUGAACUCCCAACUCCAGACAUCCGGGUCAAGUCGUAUAGUUUAGGACGCACCCCUGCCUCCUCGUCCAGGCGGGAUGAGGUCCCUUUUAGACGGCCGAGUGUUAGUAGCUCUGAGAGGUCUCGGUAUGCUGACAGAUCCCUGGAGAGGCCUCAGUAUGACAGAUCCCUUGCCAGCUCUUCUUAUACCUACAUCAGCCCAUCCAUGUAUCCACCAAGACAACUGUCAGCCUAUGCUAGAAGAGACUUAUCUGUUCCCCAUAGAGAACCUGAUGCUUAUUCUGAUGCCUCCAGGUUGCAUAUCACAUAUCAGGAUGCACUGAGGUCUGUACAGCAAAGAUAUGUUCCAAUGGAUUUCCCAUUAUCCCAGUACCCAACCAGACCAGACCAGUACCCACCCAGAAUAAGCAUAAGGGGGGAUGAGGCCAGAUCGAUGGAGUCCAACAGGGUCCCGUUGAGGCCCAGCCUGCCCCGGAUGUGUAGCUGGCCCUCACCCUACCAUGGUGCCCCCAUUCCCACCAGGGAUGUAGACAGUCAUAGAGAGCCAGAGAGGGGGAAGGGGGCAGUGGCUGAGGGAGAAGUGAAAGAAAACCGGGAGGUAGGGAGGGCCAGUUAUGCCAGCCAGAGCAGCGGUAGAGGUAGCGUUGGCCUCCUCCGCCAGUCCCUCUCUAUCACACCCACCCUUCUGAGCUCUCCAGAGACAACAGAGGAAAGUGAGCCACAGAGAGACAGAGCCGAUAUGGAUCUACAUGAGCCGAGGAAGAAAAGAAGGAACACAUCAGUAGAUGAGAGUUAUGAAUGGGAUUCUGCGGAUGUUUGUGUUGACCUGAAAGUCCUGGAGGCCAUGCAGCCACAGGCAGGGUUAGGGAAGGGCAGGGGAGACAGCAGGCAUGAUCGACCCAGUUCUGCGGCUGGCCUCCAGGACCCCUACAGUAGAGGCCCACCCCCUUCAGUCAGUCCUCCCGUUUUUAACCCACCUCGCUGCACAUAUGGCCGCUCCCUAAGUGAGGCUCGCUUCAAUGCACUCCGUCUGGAGUACCAGGAGUACAGGCGCCUCCAGGAAGCCUCCUGCACCAGUGAUCCUUGCCUCCCACCUGACCCAGACUUUGACUCCAACUCAGCACUCCUCUAAUCUCCUGCCCACUCUGGUCUGUUCCUUUUUGCCUGCCACUGCUACCUCCUUAACCUUCUGUUUAACCUGCCAUUCCCUGUCUCAGAUUGUUUUAAUUCCUUUGCUGUGAAAUUGUGCAUUCAUCUUUUCCAGUUAUUUAUUUAGCACUGUAUUUUUAUGCCAUUUUAUACUAGCUUAUGGAUACAUAAUGUGACAAUUUGUCUUCAUGAUCUUUUAUUGUUUGUUCUGAGAAUGUAUUUAACAAUGUGCUGUAUUAAUCAUUGUUUGUUUCAGAUAUAUAAUGAAAAGGAAUUGAAUAGUAUCUCUGAUGGACAAAAUACCACACUGUGGUCCUGGAUACAUGCUGGAUAUCUUUACAGAAGCUCCAUGAUACUGCAACACCUGAUUUCAAUAUACAACAUCCAUGUCCUCAGCUUAUUUGAUUUAUUGUUACUUAAGGGGGAUUUGGCCAUUUUUUCAUAUGCUCGCAUUUCUUCUCUAGAUUUAUAGCUAGCUACAUUAGCAGAUGUUUAGAAUGGCCAAAACAAACGUAUUACGGUUUCUCUACACCAGUGUUUUUCAACGCUGCUCCUUGAGGCACACCUCCCUGCAUGUUUUAGAUCUCUCCCUGCUCUAUCACACUUGAUUCAAAUGAUCAGCUCAUUAUCAAGUUUUUGAUGAGC